UGAAGACAAUACCCAUGGAGUAAGUUGAAAGUGGAAACUGGCAAGGGAGUGUCUCAAUUCUGGUGUAGGAAAAUGGGAACAGGAGGAGAAGGGAGAGAGGGAGAUUGGGAUUGCAACGCCUGCAGUAAUCGGAAUUACGCCUUCAGAUCAUUUUGCAAUAGAUGUAAGCAGCUCCGCCUCCUCGUCGACACUAAUACCCCCGCCGACUCCAAGUGGUUGCCUCGCAUUGGCGACUGGGUAUGCACUGGUUGUACUAACAACAAUUAUGCAUCAAGAGAGGAAUGCAAAAAGUGUGGGCGACGAAAGGAAGAAGCUUCGUUACCAGCAACAGCAUUGCCUGAAUCACUACCUAUUAAUCCGACUCACAUUUCUAAGGGGAAAGCAGGAGUGGAGCCAAAUCAGGGGAAAGGAAUACUAGGCAAUGGAGCUCUUAUGCAUAUGAGCUCUAAGGGGUCUUCUAUAGUGACUGAUUUAAAGACAUCAUCAAAUACUAAAGGUUGUGGAAAUGGGGACUGGACAUGCACCUGUGGUUUCCAUAACUGUUCUUCUUGUGAGCAGUGUAAAAUAUGCAAUGCUUCCAUACCACCAGUUCAUGGAACGAAACGAUUAGCGACAGAGGAAUUUGGUAAUGGCCAGGAAAACAAGAGAAGAAAAGCUGGACAGAUGCGUGGAUUGCAGUAUGUGUACCCUGCAUUAGAAGAAGGUUAUGUUUUGAGUGAAGACCAAAGUUUAAUUGCCUAUCCAUCUCCUCCUCCACGUCCCAAUGAAAGCUUGGCACCUCCUUCUGGUUUGGUGGAAGAUGUGCAAGUUCCACCUUCGGUUACUAUUCCUACCAUCUUCGGAAAAGGAGCAAAACAGUGGCGGGAAGGUGAUUGGAUGUGCGUAAGUUGCAACAAUCACAAUUACUCUUCUCGGUCUAAAUGUAAUAGAUGCAAGAUUAAGAAAGAGGCACCUACUUCUCAACCAAUCAGCGUUUCUUAAUUUAUUAUUAUGUAUGUAUGUAUUAAUUAAGUGUUUGCCAAACUUUGUAAAUCGUAGGCUUGUAGCAUCUAUUUCCAUUUUCAAUGGUUGUAACUUGUACUUGUACCCACCUUUUGAGAUGCACCAAGUUAGAUUAUUAUUAAUGUUAACUACUUAAAACUAGUGUUACAAAUUUACAAUCCUUUUGCAUCACUUUCAUAGCAAAUCUAUUUACAUAGUUUUUGUCAUGCUUUGCAACCUAGGCGAACAGCCACUUAUUAUUUAGUCCAUUAAAACAAAUGUGUUUGAAAUUA